AAGAGAGUGGGACCCAGACAAGAGGGCAGAUGGAAAGAGCUUUUUUGGUAGUACUCGUCACACAGAUGUCACGUGUCAGAGAAGCAAUGUGCCGAUGAGCUUCCUAUUUAAAUAUUUUGUAACUUCCUCUUUGUAAAUGCCGGGGAGGUCAGAGUUAAUUAAACACAGACUGCGUUCGGGUAGGUGCUUAAGCACCUCUUUGUCUGUCUGCCCUUCAACCCUGAACCUGUUCCGGGUUUUGGGCUGGAUAUGACCCAUUUCCAUCAAUUUGUAGCCCCCCCACCCCAUUCUGCAAAGGGUUUUUUACUUGACUCUGUUUCCACGGGAUUGUGAGGCGGACUGUCUGUGUGUGGAGCAGCAUGAAGAUUUCUCAGCACCGAUAAGGUGGCAGCUGGUGGCUAUGGGAGCCAAGGUGAGGAACGAGGCCCCGGACGGUGGCUGGGGAUGGAUGAUUGUUCUGUCGACGUUUAUCCAGUCGGCUCUGGUGUUUGGGAUCAUCCGCUCGUUUGGAGUUUUCUUUGUGGCCUUCGUGGAUCACUUCUCAGAGGCCGCGAGCUCGGUGUCCUGGAUCACAUCGAUGGCGGUCGCCAUUCAACAGUUCUGCAGUCCAGUGGCAAGUGCACUCAGCAACUACUUUGGAGCUCGGGUUGUGGUGAUGCUGGGUGGUUUCAUUGCCAGCCUGGGGCUGAUCUUUGCCAGUUUGGCUACGACCCUGAUCCAUCUCUACCUCUCUAUUGGGCUGCUGUCAGGGUUCGGAUGGGCUUUAGUCUUCACCCCUUCCAUCGCAGCGAUCAGCCGCUACUUCACCAGGCGGCGGACUCUGGCAAUGGGACUGGCCUUCACCGGUGUGGGGAUUUCCUCCUUCGUCUUCUCCCCGCUCUUCCAGUACCUGCUGGAUGUGUACAGCUGGCAGGGAGCGCUGCUGAUCAUCGCUGGAAUGAUGCUCAACCUGCUGGCGUGCGGGGCACUCAUCAGGCCCCUCACCCUGAAGGAGGACCUGCUGUUGACGCAGAGGCCAGAAGCCAGUGCCAGUGGCAGUUGCCCGGCCUUCUGCCGGAUGAUCUCUGACCUGCUGGACCUCACCCUCUUGCAGCACGUGCCUUUCCUCACCUUCACGCUGGUUAUCACCCUCAUCAACACCGGCUACUUCGUGCCUUACAUCCACCUGGUGGCCCACACGCGCUCGAUUGGCUUCGACGAGUACCAGGCCGCGUUCCUGAUGUCUGCCACUGCCGUCUCUGACCUGGUUGGCCGCCUCUUCAGCGGCUGGUUCGCCGACCGCCGCUGCCUGCGCCUGGUCCAUAACCUGGCCCUGUGGACCUCGCUGACGGGCGUCAGCCUGAUUAUCCUCCCCUUCGGUCGCACCUACUACCUGUUGAUGCUGAUCGGUAUUGCCUAUGGGUUCUUCUCGGGGGCUCUGACGCCCGUGGUGUUCUCCCUGCUGCCUGAGAUCGUCGGGAUCGGCAGGAUCUAUGGAGCGCUGGGGCUGCUGCAGAUGCUGGAGAGCGUGGGGGGACUGCUGGGAGCCCCCAUAUCAGGCUGGAUCCGCGACGCGACGGGCAAUUACAUCGCCUCGUUUGUGGUGGCUGGCAUCUUCCUCCUGGUGGCCAGCCUCGUCCUCUUUGGCCUCCCCUCUGCCCUGUCCUGCUCCUCCCCACCCCCUGCCAGCCCGCCCGAAGCCGAGGGGGAGUGCAAGCCCGUGGCAGUCUUCAAGGCGCUUGAACCGGACCAGCGUCCCCUGAAGGAGCCCGACAAUGCUGCUGCCACUGAGGUGCAGAUCGCUUGACGUGCUGCAGGUGAUGACGAAACCGUCCUCUGGUCCACUUGCACGGAAAUCAGUGUGAGUGUACCACGGUGACAGCCCACAAGUCCAGCGUGGAAACUUCUGAAUGGAUUCUCAGUGAAAGUAGGUUGAGCAAUCAAUUCCCUGAAUUUAAAAUUGACUGAUGGAAACUUCCGGAAUGUAAACACAAUUAUAGAUAGUAGCAAUGUGUUGUGAAUGGAAGAUGGUGAAAAGAUGUUGUGUGCAAAAUGAAUCUGUAUUCAAAGCGGAGUGAAAUGUGACCUGUGGAGAAUUAGCCUGACAUCUAAUCUGGUUGAAGGUAAUAAAUUCUUGCUGACUUUGCUGCCUAACCCAGGCAAACCCACAGGUUCCUGGUCUGUGCUCGAGUUAGCUGGGUGGGAUGGUUGGGAUUGCAAGUCACAAUCAGGGUUGUGGGCGGGGGUUCGGGCUGGCCCUUCUGCCCCGCUGAUUUCCGCUGUCAAAACUCUCUGCUUGUUGGAAAGGGAGGAGACUGAAUGUGGUAGCUUUCCCUGUCGAAUGUUGGCUGUUGGAAGGCUUGUGUGUGUGUGUGUGUGUGUGUGUUGUUGGUCUCUGGCGGGAUCCAUUACCCACACGAGUGACAAAGCCCUCUCUGGCAGCGCAUGAGGUUUUCUGAUGGCAGAACUCUCAUUCCUUGGGGCAAUCGUGCAGAGGGGUGAACCUACCACUGCCGCUAUCUAAUGACAGCUGAGCUGCGGCCUAUGCGUGUGAUGAUGGCUGCCAGGCCUCUGUGGGAGCAGAGAUACUGAGCAUUUUCCCUUCUCCAACCUUCCCCAUGGGCUGAAAUCUCACCCUAAUUAUUGUCCGAGAGCUUCCAGCGCUCCUGAGAGACAAAGGCAGUCCUGCGUAUGUCACUGAAACUCAAAGAAGCCUGAACCCUACCCCAGACCCACAGCCUGCCCCUUUAGCCGUGACAUCUGGGCUAAAAUUCUAACUGAUGCCAUUGGCCUGUUUGCUGCUAACCAACUUUUGACUGACACUCAGGAAAAUAACUUGGGCAAAUGGAAUUUAAUACUGUUGGACGGACUUUAAAAAUUAUUACCAGAUUUUUUUCCAUUUGCUAUUUCCGUCCACCAGGUUUUCUAAAGCCAUAUCAGGAAGCUGCAAGGUAAACCACUGUGAAGGUUGUUCAUUUAGACUUUUGCUGUUGUGGUUCUCGCUGUCUGGUUUCUCUCACCAGUUGUCGUGCCUUAGAACUCAGGAGCUGGCCACCUAGAGUGUCAGGUGAAAGGGCACAGGGUGGGGGGGGUGGGGGUGUCUCUCUUUGCAGUUCCUCAGGAGAUCCUUUCUGCUGGGUUCAUCAGAAACCUCCCAGAAACUAAGAAUGUUAAAACAAUAAUUUUUGUAAAAGACCCGUGCUCUCUUUGUCAAAACCAGGGUAUAACGUCCACACCAAAGUGCUUCUUAUCAAAAUUGAGAGCUUAGGUUCUCUGUCUAAGCCAGGGUAUUGUGUACACAACAAUGUAAAUUAAAGUUGAGUGAUAAGAUUGCCAAAUAAACAGGCUGUUUUUUUUCCAA